UGCUCAAUAAUAUCACGUGAUGCUUUCACUUUCUUAAAGGAGCAGAACAGAAGUGACAGCGACAUCGAUCUAUAAUGUCCCGGGCUGUCCGGGAUCAGUAUGACCGGAGGUAUAACGUGACUGAUAGCCGAACUAAUCCUAAGGGGUUUACCGAGUACAAGGUGAUUGCUGAAUUUAUAUCAAAGAAGAACCCUCAGGAUGUUAAAGAGAUUGUCGUUUGGAAACGCUACAGCGACUUUAAGAAACUUCAUGGAGAACUCUCGUAUACUCAUAGAAACCUCUUCCAGCGGACUCAGGAAUUCCCUCCAUUUCCCCGUGCUCAGGUUUUUGGACGCUUUGAAGCACCUGUUAUAGAAGAACGAAGACAAGCUGCAGAAGAUACGCUGAGGUUCACAGUGGGCAUCCCAGCCCUUAAUAAUAGUCCACAACUAAAGGAGUUUUUCAGGACAGGAGAGGUUACAAUGCGAUCAGAUGGUCCAGACUCAGGAGAUGCAGCAGUGUUGCCUCCUCCUCUAAUCCCAGAACCUGUAAGAAGCUCUUCUACAGAACUACAGGAAGAGUUGGAUGACUUUGAUGAGAUAGAGACACAAGUGUUGUCUGAAGUCAAGGAUACCAUCAGUAGUAGUGAACCAAGUCAAUUUGAUUUACUGUUUGAUCUGAAUGAAGAUAUAGGCCAGACGGGAGAGGAAGAGACAGCAAGUCCAACUGCAGCUCCAAAAACGUUGGCUCCAAAUGAUUUGGCACUCUUUGACCCUUGCUAUGCAGAAGAUGGUGCGUCACUGGAGACAGAGUCCUCUUUGAACCUGUUAUCUUUGCGGUGUGAGGUAGAGGAGUCGACGCCUGCCCUUCCUCUCAGUGAAGAAGACGGAGCGUUGUAUCUUUCACUAGCUACAGCUGAAGUCCAGAAAGCAAUGGAGAGAGAGACAGCCGGGGACUACCCAGAAGCAUUCAGGCUCUUCAGAAAUGCUGUGGAUAUAUUGUUAAAAGGAGUGAAAGAUGACCGCUGUCCAGACAGACGAGAUGUUGUGCGACGCAGAACGGCAGAAUAUCUUCAUCACGCAGAACAAAUUUUUCAGGAUCACAUGAGUGGGAGUACUGAGUGACUCUCAUGCUAGAAGGACCCCAGAUCUGGUACAAAGUGACUUUUUUUUUAUUUUUUUAUAAUAUUUUAUUUCAGAGUUUGCAAAGACAGAUGAAAAUUGCACACUUUCUAUAUGGCCUCGAACAAAGGAUUUGUUGCUCUACAAUGGAAUCUAGAACUAAGUGCUUCCAAUGCUUUUUAUUUUCUCAAUUGUUCACGCUGCUAAUACUGGAACGUUUUUCUCACAAAUGUGCUCUUGAAGUUUAUUUAAUUGAAAUGUCUGUUUUCUUGAUAAUCGUUAUUUGUAUCAUAACUGGAAGAUCCUGGCUAAAACCGAGUGAUAAAAGCACAAGGUGCGUUUCUUAUGGUAACCCAGGAA